AUGGGGUCCAAGGGGUCCGAGGCGUGUCUCAAGCUGCCGGAAGUGCAGCCGUUUGGGGUUCAGGCCAAAGGCCUGCAGUCUCUGGCGGCUAAACUCACGGCCACCCAGGGUCACGGUGGGGCCCAGGAGACGCGCCUUCUUGCCCCUCCUCCGCCUGUGGGGGACUGGCUUCUGGAUGAGGAAAGGAGAGGUUCAGAGAAGCAAGGCAGCAAAUCAGAGGCCUGCCUCAGAUUCAAACCCAAGUCUGACACCAAAACUGGGGCUUUUCUACUGAAGUCGGAGGCUGGACUGGGCCCCAGCCUCCCCGUCCAGCUGGCCGUGGAUGAUUCCUCGGAUGAGGGGGAGCUGUUUCUGAAGAAGCAGGAGGACUUUGAGCACAAGUACAACUUCCGCUUCGAGGAGCCGGACUCGGCCUUGGUCAAGACCUACCCUCGAAGCAUCGCGUCCUCUGUGCGCCGCAAGGACGAGCGCAGGAAGGAGCGGAGAGAGGAGACAAGGGAGCGAAAGAAGAGGGAGAAAGCGAAGAAGCAGGAGGAGCUCAAGCAGCUGAAGAACCUGAAGAGGAAGGAGAUCCUGGCCAAGCUGGAGAGGCUGCGGCAGGUCACAGGCAAUGAGACACUGGGCUUCGAGGAGAAGGACCUGGAGGACGACUUCGAUCCUACCCAGCAUGACCAGCUCAUGCAGAGAUGUUUUGGGGACGAGUACUAUGGCACCACGGAGGAGGAGAAGCCGCAAUUUGAGGAAGAGGAAGGGCUUGAAGAUGACUGGAACUGGGACACAUGGGCUGGGCCCGAGCAGGGUGGAGCUUGGAGCCAGCAGGAACCGCACUGCGAGGACCCCGACUUCAAUAUGGAUGCUGACUACGACCCCAGCCAGCCGCGGAAAAAGCGGUGCGAGGCCCCCUUGACAGGCAAGAAGAAGCGCAAGUCACCCUUCGCCACAGCAGUGGGGCAGGAAAAGCCCGUGUUCAACCCUGGAGACAAGACGUUCGAGGAGUACCUGGAUGAGUAUUACCGGUUGGAC